GGAGAUCAACAGCUGAGCAGGUAUCAGGUCACCUGGUGGAAACAUUCAACUCCGGAUCAGGACGAGUCUGCAGUUGAGGAUGGAGUCGUAUCAGAGGGAGUCGAUGAGGAGAAUCAGGAGAAACAGCAGCAGGACUCUUCUUCAGGAUCUCUUGUAUAAAGGAGGAGGAGGAGGAGGAGACAGAGACACUCCAAUCCCAGCUCAGCCCGGCAGAGACGCUAAGAUGAUCCACUCCAUCGCCAGUCUGAUCAGAGGGAGGAGCAAACUCCUGCUGCUGGAGAAUCCCGACAUUGUGGAGAUCUACAAACUGAAUGAGUCAACAGCUCGUUCGACGAGAGCUGCUAAAGAUGACGUUUACCUGCCGGACAUCACGAAGAAGGCCUCAAAUCUGACCUCAAUCAGAGGAGCUCUGAGUCAGUCCUGUCCGUACCUGUACGACAAGCGACGAGGAUCCUUCUCUUCAGUCGCCUCCCAGAGAACAGGAGGUCUCCCUAAAAAACAGAGUUACCUAAAGGUGCAAAGAGAGGCAAAGAAAUCCAACGUCACCGUGACAAUGACCUACCUGGGUCAAGGUCGUCAGGGGUCGGGGUUGAAGUCCACUCAGGAUGAACUGAAGGUGCUCCAGCAGGUCAACGGAGGGGAGAACAUCUGUGUGUUCAAGGGCCUGGUGACUCCGGGAGGUAGGAGCCGUGAAAUGUGAAGCUGAUUAGCUGGAAUGUGCACAAAAGGGCAGUUAACGGCAUUUAACUCCACCAAGGCCAAACCGUCCCCUUGUGUUUCCAUCAAGAUCCGUCACUGGAAAAUCUGUGAAAAUGUCAAAUAACACAAUUUCUCCCUGUGUUAAUGAAAGAGAAAACACAUUCCUGCUCCACACUUUAAUAGUUUCUUUGUGUCCCAACCUUCCACCAACUUUCUGUCUUUAAAUGUCUUUGUUAUUAGCGUCAUUUUCACACACAAAGAAAAACCCCUAUAGGAAUAUUUGCCUGCCCAUUAAUCACAGUCAGAAUAAAAGGUGAGAAGAAAUGAGUGGUGUUAAAAAGCUUUUCCCCCAUUUUCACAUAUUUAAUUACUCGUCUUCCCUCAAAGCGUCAUCGUAAAAUAGGAUGAUGAGGAUGUGAGGCCUCGGGCGAAGUUUGAGCCGAACAUGAAUACAAAGCAAAUGUGUGACCGUCACAUAAAAACAAAACAAAAGAAAAUCAUGAGUUAUUUCAUCUUUGCAGCAGCUGUGAGUUAAAGUAAAACAAGAAAAGAGGAGACGACGAACAUAAAACACAUUUCAAACCGGCGAUUUAUGGCUUU